AGCUCCCUCGAAGACCUCUUCCACGGUAAGAACACGCAUGACGAGACUCUAAUAUCCUCAAGACUAACUUAUCCAUCCAGCAAACCAGAAUCCCAACAUCUCUCUUUCUCUUCUUCUCCAGCAGAAUACCAAAGUAGUGGUCAGGAUAACAUGUGCCACUACAUCAUCUUCCACUCUAUCCCAUCUGCCUGCCUGGCCAGUCCUCGCCAUGUCAUCGACACGAAAAUCUACUUUGUUUGCGACAUAAUCGCCAAUGACCCCGACGCCAACAAGGAACACUGUGACGCUGAAGACUGCGAGUCGAUUGGCGAAAUGGGUUCGUCCAGGGUUAUCUCUGAUUGCUCUGGUUGCGUUGCCAGGGUUGUCGAGGAGUCGGUUCUGGAGUCUGUUAUGAUGGUAUGUUUUCUUCCCUCUUCUAUCCUUGGAUGUGUUGAAUUAUUGGCUAACGGGUUGGUUUUCUAGAUCGCGGGAAGUGCCUUUUAAUGGCUUCUUCUU